AAAUCAUUAUCUUUUGUCAAUGCGAGCUUCGUGAGAGCUCGCGCGAGGGAAAGAGAAAGAGAGAGAGAUGCCAAGGUUUUCUUUCCUCCUCGAUUUCGCUGCGAUGGUAAUGGAUUAGCGGCAAUGGCGAUGGCGAUGGAGCGCCUGGGCACGCUCAACACGACGGCUCCCACAGGGUGCGUUGCCCUCUUCUCGGAUGCCUCGAUUAGGUCACGCAGCUUCUCCAUCACCAAAUCUUCGCGGUGUAGGGGAAUUAGGCUAGAAUGUGGCAGGCUGCGAAUCGGGAGGAGGAAUUUUCACGUAGUCAAGUGUGAGAGUGGUCCAGACGAUGGAGAAAAGGAUGGAAAGAAUGGAAAAUCGUCGGCUUCCACUGCUACUGAAGAUGGAGAGGACGAGACCAAGCCAAGUUCUUCGUCACAUCAACCGCCACAAAAUGGCUUCCAACAAGCAGGGCCUAAGACUGUUCAGCUUGAUGCCUUCAGAUUCAUGGAGCUGGUCGGUCCAGAGAAAGUCGAUCCAGAAGACGUGAAGCUGCUCAAAGACAAGGUUUUUGGCUACACGACCUUCUGGGUGACAGGCCAGGAGCCUUUCGGAGUUCUUGGCGAAGGCAUUCUCUUCCUCGGAAACCUUCGAGGACAGCGAGAAGAGGUCUUUGCGAAGCUCCAAAAGGGUGUCCGUGAGCUGAUCGGCAACAAGUACGAUCUCUUCAUGGUUGAAGAGCCAAACUCUGAAGAACCAGAUCCUCGGGGAGGUCCUCGAGUGAGUUUUCUACUGCUCAGGAAGGAGGCCUCGGACACCGGACGGACGGGCCUCUGGCAGUACGUCGUCGCUGCGGUCCUCUUUUUUAUCACGGCUGGUGCUUGUCUUCAGCUUGGAUUUGCCACACAGUUGCAAGUUUCAAAGCUUCCACCCGAGAUAGUCCAGUACUUCACAAAUCCUGAAUCCACGGAGCCACCGGAUUUAGAUCUUCUAGUGCCUUAUGUGGAGUCAGCUCUUCCGCUCGCAUAUGGAGUUUUUGGCGUGCAACUGUUUCAUGAGAUUGGACAUAGAUUAGCUGCAGCACCUUUAGGUGUGAAGCUGGGAAUUCCUUACUUCAUUCCAAAUAUUACUCUUGGCAGCUUCGGUGCUAUCACGCAGUUCAAAUCUAUAUGCCCAGACCGGAAAGCAAAAUUUGACGUUUCCAUGGCAGGCCCAUUGGCUGGAGGAUUUCUCUCGGUUGCAAUGGUGGGAGUCGGCCUUUUGCUCUCGGCAAAAGGAGCACCUGAAGGGACACUUGUGCAAGUUCCCAGUGUUGUCUUCCAAGGCUCUUUUCUCUUGGGACUGGUCGCCAGGGCCGCUCUAGGAUACGAUGCAUCCGCUGGUAAUAGCUGGCUGAAGUUCCGUGUGCUUGUUUCCUCCCAGGUGUGGACUAACGACGACAGCAUUCAACUUGCUUCCAGUGGGAUGUAUCGACGGAGGAAGAGCACUCCAGGCCGCAUUCGGGAGCAAGGUGUUGAAUAUCGCUGGCUUGAUCACUUACGUGCUACUCGGACUGGGAGUGUUGGGAGGUCCACUGUCUUUGCCGUGGGGUUUGUACAUUAUCAUCGUCCAGAGAUCGUCCGAGAAGGCCUGCCUCAACGACGUUACUGGUGUUGGCACUUGGAGGCAAAUCGUCUAUGCUGUGGCGCUAGUGUUGGUCGUUUUGACGCUCUUGCCGUUGUGGGAUGGCUUGGCCACCCAGCUUGGCAUUGGCAUUGGAACCCCAGACUCACUCGAUCUAUUUAUGUGAAAGCUUCCAGGAGAAACGAUGGCUUUUUUUUCUUUCCAUUUCGCGGCAAGAAACAAUUUUUCACGCAUUCGUUGACAGAGAACCUGUGUGACGAGAUUGUGGUACAAGAAAAUGAUGUGCUUGCAACUCUGGACCUGCCGAUUUUGAACUCCUUUUUGGAAAUCAAAACAAUUUCCAUUCCUAUUGUCACCUUGUAUGUUUUUCCAUUGUUGUUUAGGAAAACAUCCUCUUUUUAGAAUUCUUGCUUUCA